AAAAGCUAUGCAGAAUACCCGAGAAAUUGUCAUAUUUUCUCCCUUUUAUUCACUCACUCACUCCUACACACCAAGUAGAUACACAUUCAUAUUAUCGAAAACAUUCUCUGCAGCAGCAGCGCAGUCUCAAUUUCUAAAAGUUGAGUGGAGCAAUAUUGACCGUAUUACAAAGAAGAAAUGUUCUCAAUCCAUCCAUAUACGCCGAUAAAGUCCCAGUUUCACCCUCUCGCUACCCGAUCCCGGGUGCUACAUACAUCCACGAGCUUUCCCUUUUCACCAGCAGCAACAAUCAUGUGUAUCGUCACACUUUGUGUUUGUCUCGUCUAUAUAUUUGUUCUUUUGAUACCGUUUCACCUCAGUGUUUCCUUCCUGGCAGUGGUGGUGGUGCUCUCGGUUUUAUUUAUCCUGUUGAGCCAGGAUUGCCCACUUGAUAUCGGAUCGAACCAACCGUUGUUUCAAGUAAACAAGUGGAGGAAGAAAGCAGGACACUUGCUGUGCUGUUGCUAGUCGUCGGUAUUUUUAGUUUGCCAAUUUAUUUUCCUCUCCAAGUUAUACCCCAUUAUUCUUCUGCAUUUUCGGUGGAGAUCCAAUUCUCCAGGUGUUUUUCAUUCUUAUGAAGAGGUUCGCUUUCACCAGUAUGCAUACGAGUUAUUAAUAGGGGCCUGUUUCCUGCUGCCCGUUUGAUGGUGGUGAGCCCACUUAUUUACAUACACGGUACAAGUGUUCUCUGCUUGAGAACAUGUACAGAUACUCGUCUGCCAAUGAAUUAUUAAUCUGAGGUGGGUGGGUGGCAGUUCAGUGGUCAGCUUUUAUAAUCGUCACGCACUGUCAGUCCAAAACUUUCUUUUAAAUGGCGUGAUACUCUUUACGAAGAAAGAUUUUUCGAUUUAUAUUUAUUUAUCUCUGAAAAGUUAUUUAUUUUCAGGAUUGUGACGACCACGACAAGUCUGACUAAAUAUACAUAUGUAGAUAAAUAUAUACACUGACCGACUGAUGAGGUCAUCGUAACCUGCUUGAUUUUGAUUACUCAACAUGAUUAAUUCUAUUCCGAUGAUGAACCUGCAAUCCUACAAUCAACCCCAGAACUUGGGUGGAUCCUCCUGUCCUCCUGCUCCCGAAAGUAGACUGGACGAGAGGAUGGAGGUGGUGGAAAGUAAUGGUGGUGGUGCUGAAGUGGAAGUCCAACGACAUUCCCAAACGGUGCAAGCAUUACGGAAAUAUUUGCAGAGAAAGUUGUCCAGUGAAGAUAGCUCAAGUGAACGUGAAAGCCAAAGCCCGCAAGAUACUGAAAACCACCACCGGUCGUUUGACACGGCCGAAGAGUCAAAAUCCACCCUCACCUGUUCCAUUGUUUAUGCCAACAACCACUCUUCAGGAAGAAAUAAUUUCCCCCUCCAAAAACAACGAAGUCUGGACGACUACACUCACCCAUCAACAACGACGCCAACGCCCUCAGCCCCGACAAUAAUUCCGGAUCAUCGAUACCUCCGAACUGACCUUUGCGCCGCAAUUCUGUUGAGCAGAUGCACCUUUUGUGAUCAAAGUUUUGAGCUUGAUGACCAAUUACGAACCCAUUUGAGAGAAAAACACUGGAACUAUUUUUUCGACAAUCCAACCCUGUCGCAGGAAGCGGCCUGUGAAGCGCUGGACUUAUCCAUGCGGAAAUCUCCCCCCGAGGUCACCGGAUCACUGCCCAAUCUCUCCGUGAUGCAGUCCUUCGCAUCAACCAUGGCCAUGUUUGGAAUGGACUCGGGGGGCAGGGGGAGCAAAAAGGUGGUCAAGUGUGCAACUUGUGGGAAAGCAUUUUCUACCAAAUGGAAUUGGAAGCAGCAUCAGAAAAUUCACCUCAGAGAAAAUUUGCAGGCCUGUAUUCAAUGAAAUUAAGUUAAAAAGCGAAAAAAAAUCCAAAAAUUUGGAGUGAUACGUGUGGAAGAUCUCAAUAUAUUUAAAUCAUUUAUUAUUUGUCGCGCAUGAACGUGUUUGGUUUUUUUGUGGGUUUUCUACAUUUCUUGCAGUAAAAAGUAUGAAAUGCAAGAAAUGCGGGGUGCAAGAAACUGGGAGAAAUGUGCGCCGUAUGAAGUACAGCGGCGAGGCGUAGUUUCCUGCGCUUCGCAUUUCUUGCAGGUCGAAACCGCUACAAAAAACCAAUUUCUUGCUGUUACAUAUUUCUUAAAAGUUCGUUACUUGUUGCACCCGAAACACUAAAUAUUCAAUCAUAACUUGUACUAGAUUACAUUAUUUAAU